AUGUACGUGGGUUAUCUGCUCGAGAAGGAUGCCAACAUGUACCCCAACCCCGUCCGGCACCCGGGGCUCAACCUCAGCCCCCAGAGCUAUGUGCCUUCUGCGCCUCCAACUCAGUACUCGGACUUUUCUGGCUACCAACAUGUCCAGGGGAUUAACAGCGACCCUCCCCAUGGACUGGCUGGGGCAGCCUGGUCUUCACCCUACCCCCCAGCCAAGGAUGACUGGACUACCUACGGGCCAGGUCCCACGGCUCCUACUGCCAGCCCGGCCCAGAUCAGCUACAGUCCCGCAGACUUCGGUGCUAUCCAGGCUCCCCCGGGCUCUGGCAUAGGCCUCCUGCCAUCCUCCCUGAGCACCCCAGGGGCACCACUUUCACCCAGCACGCAGAGGCGCACACCCUACGAGUGGAUGCGGCGCAGUGGGUCAGCGGGCCACAGCAGCGGUAAGACUCGAACAAAGGACAAGUACCGGGUAGUAUACACAGACCACCAGCGCCUGGAACUGGAAAAGGAGUUCCACUACAGCCGAUAUAUCACCAUCCGGAGGAAAGCUGAACUUGCUGUCAGCCUGGGGCUCACGGAGAGGCAGGUGAAGAUUUGGUUCCAGAACCGUCGGGCAAAGGAACGGAAGGCAAAUAAGAAAAAAAUGCAGCAGCAGCAGCAACAGCAGCAGCAGCAACAAAGUCAGCCAAGCAGCACCACGGGCACCACGCCAACUCCGGGCUUGGGCCCCCUGCCUCCCAACACUCCCAUGGGAAGUUUGUGCACCAGCACCACAGGCCUGUUGGCCUCCUCACCAUUGACUAUCAAAGAGGAAUACCUGCCCUAG